GCAUCAGAAGCAAUCAAGCCAUCUGUACAACAAGCCAACUUUACCAUGAAGUUCCUACUCGUGUGCACUCUCAUCCUGGGCCUCGCCUUCUUCAUGGCCUCUGCCCUCCCCCAACUCAACAACGAGGCCCCAAUGGUUGGCGAUGACCACCACCACCACCCGGUGGUCCGCAGCGUUCACUUCGCCGAGGACGUGCAGGCUCCGCACAAGCACGAUGACGUCGCCUGCUGCGGCUAGACUUCUCCAUUUGGAGCAAGGCGUGACGGCAACUUCAUCGAUCUUUAACCGCCUUUAACUUUUAAUAAAGAGCAAUAUUGAACAAAGAA